AUGCGGGGCAGCCUGACCCCGAGCGGCCCCGCGGUGACCCUCGCGCAGAGGCCUGUGGGAGGGGCGUCACAAGCCCCCGAACCCCCCCACCUUCCGCCCCCCUCCCGCCCAGUCUCCUCCCCCUGGGAAUGCGCGGGGUGGGUGACAGACCUGGCCGCGCGCCACCGCCACGGCGCCUGCCGGGGGCGCUGCCGCUGCCUGAGAAAGAACACGCGGCUGCCGCCUGGAGGAGGUGCCGUCGCCUCCGCCACCGCUGCCGCCGCCGCCAGGGGAUUUAGGGGUGGGCGCGGGCGGGCGCGCGCGGGCGGGCACGCGAAGUUAAAAUUCGAGGUUCUCAGUCGCCAGCUCCCGCGGUGGAGCGCGCGGACGGGCGCGCCGCCCGGAGCGUUCCAUCCCGCCCCCUCCUCCACCCUCUCCCGUCCCGUCCCGGGCGACUACUCGCCCGCCCCCUGGCUCGCAUCCUUACCCCCCACACACCCCUACCCUGCAAGCCCCGGGCCGGGUGCAGCCAGAACGGUGUCGCUGCAGCCUCCUCGCCAUCCCAUGCCGAAGGGGAGCAAGCCCCCUACCCGCCGGGCGUGCACCCCCCGGCUCCACACUCGCCCGUGUCUGCAAGCACGUGCACCGUUCGCCGCUGCCUCCAGCCACCCCGGUCCCCGGCUAACCUCGCCUGCAGCCCGGCCAAUCGCUUGCUGCCCUUUGUUGCUGCAGCCCGGGUCUCCCCGCUGCCUUCCUCAGCCUCCGCCUCGUCCUUUGCCAGCCGCCCGGGUCCGCAGCGCCGCGCUCCCCCCGCCCGGGACCCACCGCCGCCGCCUCCUUCUCCUCCUCCGCCUCCUCCUCCUCGGCUCCGGGCUGCAGCGCACAGAGCCCGAGGCAGCGCCGCCCAACCCCGCUCCCCCCGCGCCGCCAGCUAGCCCGCCCGGCCCGGCCGGGGGCGCAGCCUGGACCCCGCCCGCCCCAGUCCCCGCCCCGGGGGUACCUGCCUCCGCCCUGGGGGGCUCCGCUCGCCGCCCUCGGGGGAGGGCGGGGAUGCCGGUGUCCGCGGGAGGAUGGGGAAGCCUGGGCCGUUUGGGGCGGGGAGUGUGCCCGCCAGGGCUGGGACUGAGAGGUGCGGUCCUCGCCAACGCGCCCCCCCUCCCGCUGCUGUGGGCCCCAAACUUCGUCCUCCACCCGGGCCUUACACCCUCGGGUGAUCGCGGCAGUUUGGGGGUAGGAGAUGCCUCGGGAGCUGUGUCUACCCUGAUCAGGAGGAAGAGGGAGCAGUGA